CCUGUCGUGUAUCAGCAAUUUACACAUUUGGGAGGCACAUCUCAGUGUAAAUACACUGGGAGAAGUGUGAUAGCACUUGUGAGUAUAGCUACAGACCUCACCAGGCCUGGGUCUACCUGCUCUGUCCUCUUUUCCAGCUGCACCCAUGCCAGGGUAAACCAGUGUUGCAGCAACAAUAUGAGCGUUACUCCACUAAACAUCUCUCUGGACACUCAGAUUACCACCUCUAACCAGUGGGCUUUGACCAGCUGUCAUCCAAAUGUUCCAAUUAUGAUGUCUGGAUACAGAAGUGGUCGCCUCUGGACUCAUGAUUACCAGCCUCAGUUCUGGAGUAAAUACCAAGUGUGGGAGUGGCUGCAGCAGGUCAUGGACAUAAACCAGAUUGAUGCCCCCAAUAUCCCGUUCCAAAAUUUUGAUAUGGAUGGCCACCAGCUCUGCAAAAUGACCUACCAGGACUUUGUUCGUGCAGCAGGAAGUCUGGGACCCAUUCUUUUCCACGGCCUAACACAGCUCAAGUGGAACGGGGACCAUGCAGAAAUAAAUCAACCAGAACUAAAACCAGAGUUAGACAUUCCCUAUGCAUUUUCAGAUGUCAGCUCUCCGCAAAUAGAAGUCUUUGACUCCUUGAUACCCCCUCAUGUCUCACCCUCGCUUUCCAGCCCUGAAAUCCAAGUGUCUUACAAUCGUCCACAGCAAGUCAAAAAACACAAUCCAAGGGGGACCCACUUAUGGGAAUUUAUCAGAGACAUUCUACUGUACCCUGAACGCAACCCAGGCCUGAUCAAGUGGGAGGAAAGGAAGGAAGGGGUGUUUCGCUUCCUAAAAUCCGAGGAAGUGGCACAGUUGUGGGGCAAGAAGAAAAACAACAGUAGCAUGACGUACGAGAAGCUGAGCAGAGCAAUGAGAUAUUAUUACAAGAGGGAAAUCCUAGAACGAGUAGACGGACGCAGAUUGGUCUACAAAUUUGGUAGGAAUGCCAGAGGCUGGAGAGAGUCAGAGAAAUAACACUGUCCUUGUAUCAUUUGUCGUCUUUCUUCUGUAUAGUAAUGAAUACUGUUAUUACAAUGUAAUGUAGCAUUAGCUUGACAGAUGAGAGCUAUUUGAAACCUUUGACUUUAACUUGACACUUCAGUGAAAGCUAUGUUUACACAAAGUAACCUAACAAUAAAACACCAGUAGCAUGACUGCAGAUCAGAUAAUCCCGAAUAAAGGUUGGAUGCCAAAUAUGGGAAGGAUGACGAUCACAGUAUCAAAGUGAAACACGAAUAACAUCAAACAAGCACUAUGCAGCUAUGAAAUACAAGCAACUUGCGAUUAACUUGUAAUAUGUAUCUCUGUAUUGUCAUACUUUGUUCCUCGUAUGUGAAUGUGUUUUUUAAA